AUGAAUGUAGAGGUUCAUGCGAAGCCUCUCUCUUUGAUCAUGGAUCAUCUACCCACGCCUAUCGAUGGAGAACAUCCUAAAGUCCAACUUUACGUUUUCAGGGAAAAGCCAUGGAUGCCAGAAGACUUCUUCACAUUGCCGAGUGUAUGGAAUUACGACAACACGCUCGAACUUGUCGAGAUUGGACUCGGCACUAAGAUAGACGACCGAAAAGUCAACGAGUUUCUUCAGUCUUGGCUCUUCUUGGCUCUGAUUGCUCAGGUUCUUAAUCAGCCUAUCUAUAGCGAGAAAUUCCGGUAUGGAGAGGACCAGAUUCGCACCAAACAUAUUCUUCCAGGAUUGAUCAAGGGAGCAAUUCAAAAAGAACGAGAAGAAACCGACCUGAUAGCAACAUCGCGUGACGUUCGUUUUCGAUGGUCGAAAGGCAAAGAUGAUAACAGCCUCCAUGGAGUGAGCCGCGAGCAGAAGAAUCGAUGGUUCAGGGCAUCCAUGGCGCUCGAACAAGCAAGCCGAUUCAUUACCAAGCACUGCUCUUACAAACACUUUGCCAAGGACGGGAGAACGUCCCCAAAUCCUGAUGAAAAGGUCAAUGAGCCUCGCGCCGAUGAAUUAUUGGUCUUGUCGAUUGCAGUACUUGGCGAAACGUUAGAAAAAGCACGUCCCAGAGCAGUGUCACUCAGCCAAGGCCCACUACAGUUUUUUCGUGACCAUGGCGACAAAGAGACAGCAUGGGGCUACAACCCGUUUUGUCGACGAAACAUGCAAAAAAGUGGAUAUUUCCCACUGGAGAUACGCCGAAUGGAGUCGUCGAUUCCAUCAGUGAGCAUUAUUUACUACAUCUGCUUCAUCAAGAAGCAUGAUAGGCCAACACACACAGCGGAGUGCACAGUAUGGGCAUGUAAAGGCAAAGGCAAACGACUGGAUCCGCUGCAUAUGAAGGCUUCUUGCCAACAAGAGGGCUAUGGGACGUAUUGUAGGCUAGUUCAGAUCGAAGACCGCGAAAAGAAGCUGAAGAGAAUCAUCCUCGGAGAAGGAAAGAUACCUCUAGUAGAGUUCGCUGCGGGGAAGCUAGAGCUCAAGGGGUACUCCUUGAAGGAAGAGCUACCAAAGUUUGGGGUAAUGUCGCAUUCAUGGGAGGAGGCGAUCGUGCACAGCAAGGUUGACAGUUCAGGAGGUGAUGUUCGCAACAUGUUCGAGUGCCAACUUGAGACCUUGCAAAAUACGUUCAACAAUCUUCACUCGGGCAGUCCAGAUGAUACAGCUACAAUCAAUAUUCCUUUCUACGUGGAUGUCUUGUGUAUGGCGAAAGACCCAACGACCCGUGCAGCGUCGAUCAACCAGUUGAAAUUCAUUUAUCACAAGGCCUCUGCAGUCUUGGUAUGGGACAGGAACCUGCUUCAACGGUAA